AUGUCUCUCUCCCCAUGCCGAGCCCAGGGGGGCUUCAGUGCUCGCUCAGCGUGUUCUACUUUUUCAGGGGCUAGAGGCAGGGCUGGCUUCAGCAGCAGGAGCCUUAGCUCCUCUAGGAGAUGCAGAGGAAGCUCUGGUGGGAGGGCCUGGGGAGCAGAGGCCAGGCAAGGGGUACGGUUUGUCCAGAGGAGUGGAGGGUCUGGUCUUUCCCAGUGCCCUCCGGGGGGCAUCCAAGCGGUGACCGUCAACCAGAGUCUGCUGACCCCACUGAAGAUUGAGGUUGACCCCCAGUUCCAGGUGGUGAAGACGCAGGAGACUCAAGAGAUCAGAACCCUCAACAACCAGUUUGCUUCCUUCAUUGACAAGGUGCGCUUCCUGGAGCAGCAGAACAAGGUCUUAGAGACCAAAUGGGAGCUGCUGCAGCAGCUGCAGGGGCACCGCAGCCCUCAGGGCCUGGAUCACAUCUUUGAAGCCUGCCUGGCCCGGCUCAGGCAGCAGCUGGAGGAGCUGCAGAGAGAGCGAGGGGCUCUAGAUUCUGAACUGAAGACCUACCAGGACCAGGAGGAAGAGUUCAAGUCCAAGUAUGACCAGGAAGCUCACAAGCAUGCCUCAGUGCAGAAUGACUUUGUGGUCCUUAAGAAGGAUGUGGAUGAGGUUUUCCAGAGCAAGAUGGAUUUGGAAGGCAAGCUGGAGUCUCUGAGAGAAUACAUCUGCUUCUUGACACGUCUGUAUGAAGAAGAACUGAGACAGCUGCAGACUCAGGCAGAUGACAUGUCUGUGGUGCUGUCCAUGGAUAACAACCGUUGCUUGGACUUCAGUGACAUCAUUGCUGAGGUCCGUGCCCAGUAUGAGGAGAUCACGCGGACGAGCAAGGCUGAGGCAGAGGCUGUGUUCCAGACCAAGUACCAGGAACUUCAGGCAUCAGCCCAGCUUCAAGGGGACAACAUAAAGGAAGCCCGGAUGCAGAUUUCCCAGCUUCGGCAGGCCGUGCAGAGGCUGCAGAGUCAGAUUGCGAGCCUCAAGAUGCAGAAUGACAGUCUGCAGUCGGCCAUUGCUGAUGCUGAGCAGCAGGGAGAGAUGACUCUGAGGGAUGCCAAGGUCAAGCUGGAUGAACUGGAGGAUGCUCUAAGAACGGCCAAGCAGGACAUGGCCCAAAUGCUGCGCGAAUACCAGGAACUGAUGGGCACAAAGUUGUCAUUGGAUGUGGAGAUUGCCACUUAUCGAAGGCUGCUGGAGAGUGAGGAGUGCAGGAUGUCUAAGGAGUACAUCAGCCAGGUCACUGUCUGUGAGUAUGAGGGGACUGGGAGAGUAGGGUUACCUUGGGGUGCUGAGGACCCUGCUGUGACCCUACUGCUUUUCUUGGCAGCCACGGCAGAAGGCAGUGUUGUCCCUGGAGGAGUUGGUGGAGGCCAAGUGGUCAUACCUGGAAGAACUGGAGGACGCCAAGUUGUAAUACCUGGAGGAGAUCAUAGGGGCCAAAUGGUUGUGCCUGGAGGAGAUCAUAGAGGCCAAAUGGUUGUACCUGGAAGAGAUCAUAGAGGCCAAACGGUUAUGCCUGGAAGAGAUCAUAGAGGCCAAAUGGUUGUGCCUGGAAGAACUGGAGGAGGCCAAGUUAUAAUACCUGGAGGAGAUCAUAGGGGCCAAAUGGUCAUGCCUGGAGGAGAUUGUAGAGACCAGAUGGUCAUGCCUGGGAGAGAUCAUAGAGACCAGAUGGUCAUGCCUGGAGGAGAUUGUAGAGACCAGAUGGUCAUGUCUGGAGGAGAUCGUAGAGACCAGAUGGUCAUGCCUGGAGGAGAUCGUAGAGACCAGAUGGUCAUGCCUGGGGGAGAUUGUAGAGACCAGAUGGUCAUGCCUGGAGGAGAUCGUAGAGACCAGAUGGUCAUGCCUGGGGGAGAUUGUAGAGGCCAGAUGGUCAUGCCUGGAAGAGAUCGUAGAGACCAGAUGGUCAUGCCUGGAGGAGAUCGUAGAGACCAGAUGGUCAUGUCUGGGGGAGAUUGUAGAGACCAGAUGGUCAUGCCUGGAAGAGAUUGUAGAGACCAGAUGGUCAUGCCUGGAGGAGAUCGUAGAGACCAGAUGGUCAUGUCUGGGGGAGAUUGUAGAGACCAGAUGGUCAUGUCUGGGGGAGAUUGUAGAGACCAGAUGGUCAUGCCUGGGGGAGAUCAUAGAGACCAGAUGGUCAUGCCUGGGGGAGAUCGUAGAGACCAAAUGGUUGUGCCCGGGGGAGUUGGUGAUGAUCAAGUAGGCACUUGUGACCUCAGAGGCUGGAAAGGCAGCUUUGGGUCUGGAGGCUGCUCUAGCAUCGUCACUGGGGGCUUUGAUGUUCCCCACGGAUCUGGGCGCAGUUCCAGUAUGGGUUCCUGCUCUGUGUCAGGCUCUGGUUUCAGUUCUGGCUCUGGCUCCUGCUGCCGCACUAUCCUGAAGAAGACAGUGGAGUCAAGCCGGAAGACAUCUGUCAUUUACUGA